GUCCACGUAUGGCACAUGCAGCGUACGUGUCGCUUUCGCAGUCGGUAGCUAUAUUAUUAAUGUGGAGGCGCUGAUCACGAAAAAGACGGUGGUUCUCCUGCGCGAACCAGCACUGCCCCAAUUCGCAAACGAGAAACAGCUAGCAACUGGAACGGCAAACUUUUUUGCCCUUUUUUCAGACUGUUAUUCUGUCUCGGAUAACUAUGUCUCCUUCGGUCCCUGUGUUACUGCUGACACUGUCAUCAUUCCACCUUUCCUUGUUCUCUGCAUCAGCUCGUUCAUUUUGGACGUUUCACAAACAUCUUCAUGAGGCUCCUGAUGCUUUUAAGGCCAGCGAUUACAAUGCCAACAGACAUGCGGAGAACAGUAGCACCUUUAUGUUGGCUGCAUAUGACAUAUUAUAUUGGGCAUGGACCCUUUUUUGGUGGCUCUGAGGGACGUCAACCAGGAUCCAAAGUUGAAGUGCCUCACAGCAACCCGCAUUGAUUUUGACCCUAAAGUCCCGUCAGCAACCUUCCAGUGGUCGUUCAGUGGAGACCAAAACACUCCAAGGAAAAAUGCCACGCUGCGUUUCACCAAGGGAACAUCUAUCGACACUACAAAGCUCUUAGUGGACAAUGACACCGCUCAUCCGCAUGUUGGUCGUUUUCUGUACGCUGAUAAUCCCCUGACAUGGGCUGUCAUGGAACUACGCUAUUUUGGCUAUCAAUGUACCUUGUGGGUUCGAAACACCAUGAAACACACUGUGUCGAAGAAAUGCUUUAAAAAGCAUGCCACUCUCUGUGCAAACGGUGUUUCUCUCUACGACAAAGCAACCUGCGGUGACUACUAAGCUUGAAACAAGAAUUUUGAAAACAUGUAAUGCAAAUAAAACGGUGUGCCAAAAACACAGCGCUAUGUUAAGCAUCCUAUGCCCUGUCCCGUCCUGAUGCGCUAUACAUUGAAUACUAUAAAUACCAAGAAGCCCUUCGUGCAGCCACAAUGAACACACCACCUUUGUAAGUGAAUAGUUUGAAUCCCGUUUACUGCUCUUGCUCCCAAAUUUGUGAAGUAAAAGCCACUCAUUGGCGUCUUCCCGAGA